AUGAGGAUUGUAACAUCAUUGGUUUCACUUCCACGUAACUCUUUGCGAUCGCUUUGUACGUACGGCUUCGGCGUUCGUUCUACUCAGUUCCGAACUGCAACGACACAUUUUGGUAACGAACAGGUUGAUGAAGCCGAAAAGGAGAAACGCGUGCACCAUGUUUUUGCUAAUGUUGCCAACAAAUACGAUAUGAUGAACGACGCUAUGAGUCUUGGAAUUCACAGACUUUGGAAGGAUUAUUAUGUUGGAGGAUUGCCUCUUGGCCCAAACUCUAAGGUUAUCGACGUUGCUGGAGGUACUGGAGAUAUCGCCUUCCGCUUGCAAAGAAGAAUUGCUGCCGGGGGUAAGGUGACUGUGGUGGACAUAAAUCAAAAUAUGCUCGACGUCGGCCAAGAACGUGCUAAGAAUGACCCUCGAGUUGAUAAGUCGAAGCUGGAAUGGGUCUGUGCCAACGCAGAACAACUGCCGUUUGAUGAAAAUUCAUUCGACGCCUAUACGAUCUCUUUUGGUAUUCGGAAUUGCACUCAUGUCGACCAGGUUGUUCGAGAAGCUUUCCGCGUUUUAAAACCUGGAGGCGUGUUAGCCGUACUUGAAUUCAGUGCUGUCAAGCCAUUAUUCCGUCCUCUGUACGAUGCUUACUCCUUUAAUGUCAUCCCGGUCAUGGGACAGGUUCUGGCUGGCGACUACGACAGCUACAAAUACUUGGUUGAAAGCAUUCGCAAAUUCCCUAAUCAGGAAGAUUUCGCUGCUAUGAUUCGAUCAGUUGGGUUUGAUAUGGUACGUUACGAGAAUCUAUCAUUCGGUAUCUGUGCGAUUCAUAAAGGAACUAAACCGUACCGAGCAAAACAACAUUACUUUAUGGUAACGGCUCCUCCAAUCAGAUUGUUUUUCGCGAUUCCUCGGCGGACACUGUCACUUUCUCCGUCUCAAUAUGUCAGGUUCCGUUCCAGCAAUCCUGCUCCCGGAACGAAGGAGAUUGGUAGAUUCGUAGCUCCCAUCACCACUGACACCUUGUAUAAUCCAGGGCAGAUUUUCAUCCACAAAACGUUUGCAUACAAAGGAGUUGUCGUAUGUGCUUUCAAGUGCAGGUUCCAAGAAAAGAAAAACAGUUCAAGUGAACGAUCUGUUUCUCAAGGCCGUUACUAUCAAGUUCUAAUUGACAGAGGUGAUUGGAGUCACAUGGGCUUUCCGGUAGAUCUGACUUCAUACUUAAUGGACGGCACUACACGUGGUGAAAAGCUUCUCACACUUAUCAAUGGUAUGGAUUGCGUAUCUCACUACGACAUUCUUCCAUUUACUACAUCGGAACGAGAACCUAUUGAUCAUGAUCUGUUUUAUAGAAUUUUCGACGUUACAGAAGAGGGUGAAGGGAAAGAAUUCAAAAUCACCAUGAAAGCGAAUCUUUUCGAAAACUAUAUGGCCUCCCAACGGUCAUGGUUAGCACCAAGGGAUGUAUACCGAGAAGUUACAGAGAACAUUGAAGUAACAGUGACCACUUUCUAUCUUGGCAGCAGUAUGGUUAACGGUCAGUUGAGACACAUGUGGCGAUAUGUAAUCAGACUUGAGAACCAUGCGCCUCAGAAUGCCGUAAUUCUGAGGGAGCGAUCCCUUAAAGUAUAUUCUCUCAAUAACAUGAAUCAAGCACACGGACAUGGAGUGAUCGGAAAGCAGCCGGAAUUGAAUAUGCAAAAUCCGGCCUUCCAAUUCAGCAGUACAGUCGAGUUGGCUCAUUCCAAGGGCGGACACAUGUGGGGCCGCUUCAGAAUGGAAAGGGAGAACGGGUCCACAUUCGAUGUCGCCAUACCUACCGUUGUACUCGAAUCGUUUGAUGAGAAAAACGCUGGAAAUAUUGAGAAGAGUGUAGAAUGA